CUCAAUAUAUCCUGCGUAACGUCACACUUCAACGUCAUGCAACGUCACGUUUACCUAUGCAGCCAUAAUAUAUAUAAAAUACCAUUUAAGCAUACGUACACAAGUAAUAGUAUUCUUCAAGUUGUAUUGUACUAGUAGACUAGACAGCUAUGGACUCUUUAGAAUUUCAACUUAGGAGCAAACAACUUGCCGAAUGUAUCGUUAGCUAUAGACAAAACGUUCACACUUUACGCGUUAAAGCAGAUGUGGAACCGGGAUAUCUUACCACUUAUCUACCAGAAUCGGCACCUAAAGAUGGAGAAGAUUGGGCAAAAAUUAUGGCGGAUGUACAAAAUUACAUCAUGCCCGGUAUUACCCAUUGGCAGCAUCCUCAAUUCCACGCUUAUUUUCCUUGUGGUAACAGCUAUCCUUCAAUACUGGGAGAUAUGUUAGCAUCAGCCUUUGGAGCUGUUGGAUUUAGUUGGGUUGCCUGCCCCGCUUUUACUGAAUUGGAAGUUGUAAUGAUGAAUUGGAUUGGUAAAAUGCUAGGAUUACAGGAUGAAUUUUUAUUUUCUUCUGAUAGCUUAGGCGGUGGUGUCAUACAGGGUUCGGCCAGUGAAUGUGUUUUAGUUUGUCUUCUAGCGGCACGUCAUAAGAAACUGAAGGAGUUAAAACAACAAAAUCCAAAAGUAGAUGAAACGAUUUUGUUAUCGAAAUUAGUAGCUUACACUUCGCAAGAAGCUCACUCGUGCGUAGAAAAAGCCGCCAUGAUCGGUUUCGUAAAGAUACGACGCCUAGAAACAGAUGAAAAUUACAGAUUAAGGGGUGGCAUCUUAGCUGAAGCCAUCAAGGAGGAUCAAGAACAAGGAUUAACACCAUUUUUCGUAUCAGCUACAUUGGGUACUACUUCUUGCUGUUCGUUCGAUGACUUAACCGAAUUAGGACCUUUGUGCGAAGAACACGAUAUCUGGUUGCAUGUAGAUGCAGCUUAUGCAGGAAAUGCCUUGAUAUGUCCGGAAUUUCGUUAUCUUUCUCAAGGCUUAGAAUAUGCCAGUUCUUUUAAUGUAAACUUACACAAAUGGCUAUUGGUAAAUUUGGAUUGUUCUCUUAUGUGGGUCAAAAAUAAAACGCACUUAAUGGAGCCGCUGACAGUUGAUCCUAUUUAUCUUCAACACAACCAAUCCAGUAAGUUUUAUUCCUGCAUAAAGUGGUGCCAUCUGGCAGAUAAAAAUAUAAAAGUUUAUUAA